UCUCAAAGUCCCAAACCAUUGAAGCCAAAUUUUCUCUCUCUUCUUCUUCUUCUCUCUGUCUCUUUUCUUUUCCUUCUCUCAAUCAUUCUCUGCUACUUUUCACUCUCUGGGGUCAGGGCCAAUCAUUGCCACGCUCUUACUCUGCACCCUUCUCUCCAUCUCUCUAAAGAUUCCCCAUUUUUCUGCUUCCAUCACAAACACUGCAUCAACACACACAUACACACUCUUGUUUUCUUCACUGUUUUUUUUUUUAAAAUUUAUUAUUGCAACACGUUUCUCUCCAAUUUGUUGUAUAACCCAUUUGGUUUUAGGUGCCAAAAAAGACCAAGUUGUUGUGUUCUUGAAGCCUGAAGCCCUCCUCUCUCUCUUAGGGUUUUCUCACCCCUUUUCAGAAGGGUGAUGCAAUGAGGCAGUCUUUUGAUCCUUCAUUUUUGGGUCCUUCCAAGAUUCCAUCUAUAAAAGUACCUGGAAAAGCAGGGAAUGGUGCAUGGGAGGCUUUGUCUGGAUCUGAUUCCUACCAUGCUUCAUCUGAUGCUAGCCUCUUCUCUAGCUCAUUACCUGUUCUUCCGCAUGAAAAAUUGAACUUGAAUGAAACUGCAAAUGGUUAUCAAUCUAUUGAUGACAUCUCAUCUGGUUUUAAGAAGCUCCAUCAAGAUGCAGAUGGAAAUGGUUCACUUGAAGAUGGUGAUACUCAUGCAAUUGGACCUGCCCUUCCUGAUGAUGAGGAGGAGCUUUUAGCUGGCAUAACGGAUGAUUUUGACCUAAGUGGCUUGCCUGGUUCCCUUGAGGACUUGGAAGAGUAUGAUCUUUUUGGUAGUGGUGGAGGUAUGGAACUAGAAACUGAUCCACAGGAAGGUCUCACUGUGGGGUUGUCUAAGUUAAGCUUCGCUGAUAGUACCGUUGGCAAUGGUUUGCCCCCUUAUUCAUUUCCCAAUGGUGUGGGAACUGUUGCGGGAGAACAUCCUUAUGGAGAGCAUCCUUCUCGAACAUUAUUUGUUCGAAAUAUUAACAGUAAUGUGGAGGACUCAGAGCUGAGAGCCCUUUUUGAGCAAUAUGGUGAUAUUAGAACCCUAUAUACUGCAUGCAAACAUCGGGGAUUUGUAAUGAUAUCCUAUUAUGAUAUCCGUGCUGCUCGAACAGCUAUGCGUGCAUUACAAAACAAACCUCUGCGGCGCAGGAAACUAGACAUUCAUUUCUCUAUACCAAAGGAUAAUCCAUCAGACAAGGAUAUCAACCAGGGAACAUUGGUAGUUUUCAAUUUGGAUCCAUCUGUUUCAAAUGAAGACCUGCGUCAAAUAUUUGGGGCUUAUGGAGAGGUCAAAGAGAUAAGGGAAACUCCUCACAAGAGGCAUCACAAGUUUAUUGAAUUCUAUGAUGUUAGAGCGGCCGAAGCAGCACUUAAAUCAUUAAACAGGAGUGACAUAGCUGGUAAACGCAUAAAGCUUGAACCAAGUAGGCCUGGAGGAGCUCGUAGAAAUUUGAUGCUCCAAUUAAAUCAAGAGCUUGACCAAGAUGAAUCUCGGAGUUUCCGAUACCAAGUGGGUUCUCCUGUAGCUAACUCUCCUCCAGGUAACUGGUUACAGUUCAACAGCCCUGUUGAGCAGAAUUCAAUGCAGACUAUCAAUUAUUCUCCUGGUUCUAGGAUCAUAAGCCCAACAACAGGCAAUCAUUUACCUGGAUUAGCUUCAAUUUUGCAACCACAAGUAUCUAACACUGUGAAGGCUGCUGCUAUUGGCAAUGACUUGGAAAGGAGCAGUCAAGGAGAGCACAUAUUUACCGGUAUGAAUUCAUCACACGGAGCUACUUUUCAAUCGCAUUCACUUCCAGAGCCAAAAUUCAGCCAAUAUCGUGGAGCAUUGUCCUCAAUUGGUCCAUCAACUUCAAAUGGAUCCUCAGUGGAAACUUUGUCUGGGCCACAGUUCCUAUGGGGAAGCCCAACUCUCUACUCGGAGCAUACCAAACCUUCAGCUUGGCCAAGAUCAUCUGUGGGGCAUCCAUUUGCAUCGAAUGGAAAGAGCCAUGCCUUCCCAUAUUCAACUCAGAAUAGUUCUUUUGUUGGUUCAUCACAGCAUCUUCACCACCAUCAUGUCGGCUCCGCCCCAUCAGGUUUGCCUUUUGAGAGGCACUUUGGUUUCCAUCCCGAGUCAUCUGAAACUUCAUUCAUGAAUAAUGUUGGCUAUGGAGGCAUUGGUCCAGGGCAUAAUGAUGGAAAUCACAUGGUUAAUGUGGGUGGAUCUGUUAAUCCUAACAUUACUAUCCCGAGAAAUAUAUCUGAUAAUGGUUCAUCAAACUUCAGAAUGAGAUCUUCUCCUAGGCUUAGCCCUGUCUUUUUGGGAAAUGGCCCUUUUCCAGGACUGCCACCUACCACUUUGGAGGGUUUGGCUGACCGUGCUCGGAGUAGAUGGAUAGAGAACAAUGGGAGCCAAGUUGAUAGCAAGAAACAAUUUCAGCUCAACUUGGAUAAGAUUAAAAGUGGUGAAGAUACAAGGACUACAUUAAUGAUAAAGAAUAUCCCGAACAAAUACACCUCUAAAAUGUUAUUAGCUGCCAUUGAUGAAAAUCACAGGGGUACUUAUGAUUUUCUCUACUUGCCAAUUGACUUUAAGAAUAAAUGCAAUGUGGGCUAUGCAUUUAUCAACAUGCUGUCUCCCUCUCUUAUUAUUCCAUUCUUCGAGACAUUCAAUGGGAAGAAAUGGGAGAAAUUUAAUAGUGAAAAAGUUGCUUCUUUGGCAUAUGCUAGAAUUCAAGGAAAGUCUGCCCUCGUGAGCCAUUUUCAAAAUUCAAGUCUGAUGAAUGAAGAUAAGCGAUGUCGUCCUAUUCUCUUCCACUCCGAGGGUUCUGAAGUUUGUGAUCUGAUUGUACAAGACCACCACCUUCCCUCCAACUCCAACAAUCUAAACAUUCAGGCACCAAGGCCAAGUGAGUUCUAUUCAAGUGAUUUUGCUGGGAGUCCUCCAAAGGCAGGCCCUUCUGCAAGCUUGGAUGCAAAUUAACAUUUAUAUUAGACGCAGAGUUGCUUAGCCAAAACCGGUCACUGUUAAUGUUAACAUUUUGCAAAUAUGUCUCUCUCUCUGGUGGUGCUGCAUAUAUUUAGGAAGGAUAACAGAAGGAUGUAGAUUUUGUACCAUAGCCAUUUUCCCAAGUAUUUUGCCAGCAAGCUUUAGAAGCUUGGAGCAUUUUGAUUGAAUUGCUGCACAGGUAACUGAUCUGAUUAUGUACACAAGGUGGUUGUGGUGGUGAUGGUGGGAGCAAAGGCUGAAGAGUUGAUUGAGCAAAGGUGUUUGUUUCUCUUCAAUUUUUGCUCAUUUUUGCAUUUUGGUGUCUUGUCAUUGAGCAUUUUUUUUUUCCUUUCUGAAAAAUGUUAAUAUGGGGGUAGAGUUCAGUUUGGUUGGAAGUUGGUAAGUUCAUCACGUGGGGGUACAAAUUGUAUAGAGAGAAAAUAAAGACUUAUUUCUUUCUAUGUUUUCCUCUAAUGUACUAGUACUACUCUGGAAAACCAAAAGUGUAAAACGCUUAUUUAAAUAUGAUGGUGUACAAGUUGCUCACUAUCUUAAUCAAGACAUUGUUUGUUUUGGUUGGA